AUGGGUCCAAUGUUGACUGCAAGACCGACAUUGAUAGCGCUGCAGUCGAGCAUGUCGGCUGAUGCUGGUGGUAUGUGCUUGGCAUCGUCAUGGCAUGUUUCUUCUGCCGAAUGUCGGAACGUGACAAGGUCAGCUUCAACACUCGUAACAGCCAUGGUCAAGACAACAGAGCCAGCUCGAUUAGAGGCGUGUUCAUCGUUUCUGCGCACAUUCAGUACAUCCUCGCUUGCCCCGAUAAUGUCAGCUUUGAGCGCACCGUCGAGCAUGACGAGCCUGCUGCUUUCGAAAAUGCCCCGGUUGCGGUCGCAGGAUAUUCCUGGUCGAAUGACGAGUCGCGAACGUCGGCGAGCAUCGGCUCUGUUGGAUCGAUCCAAACGCCCACCCUCGGCGUCUGGUAGCACGGCCAACGCGUCCGCGCACAGCCGCGGAGGAGGCGGUGGUGGAGGACCACCACAACUGUGGCGGCGUCAACCACGUUCGUCGACUGCAAUGUCAUCGCUCGGCUCGCUCAUCGCGCUGUCGGACCAGAGGCUGUUCUCGCAUCUGCCUGCCAACUUUGUGCUGUACACCAUCAUUGCGCUCAACGUGCUCGUCUUCGUAGGUUGGAUGUACGCCUCGGAAUCGCUGCGCAGAUUCUCGGAUCCACGAGCGUACAUCUUUCUCAGUAAAAACUUCCUCUCUGGCCUCACCAACGUAUCAGACGGUCGAUGGUGGACCAUGCUCACUUCGUGCGUUUCGCACGAGGAGCUGAAUCAUUUUUUGCUCAACAUGGUUUCACUCGCAUUUAUGGCACCUCCCGUGCUCGCUCUUACCGGUCCAACGACUUUCGUCCUGCUCUAUUUUGGCGCUGGCAUGGUGAGCAGCAUCGUCAGCAUGAUCGGUAAGGCGCUCGUACCACCAGCAACACAGCAAAAGCGCGGAUCAUUUAGCCACGGCGCAAGUGGAUCAGUAUAUGCGAUCAUGUCGACGUUUGCGUGCGUACAUCCAACGGCGACGUUCUUGAUCUUUUUCGUGAUCCCAGCACCGGCUUGGGCUUGCGUCAGCGGCAUCUUCGCUUGGGACCUUUGGCACGCUGCUAAGACGCCGAAAGGCAGGACGGACAGUGCAGGUCACGUCGGUGGAAUCUUGGCUGGCAUCCUGUUUUGGAGAUUCGGAUUGAGAGGUGUUCGUCUACGAUAG